CCUAAAAAUUGUGAUUUAAUCUUUUUCUUGGAACAAACAGGAACAGCAGUCAAUGACGUGCAUUUUCUGCCCUUAUCGUUUAGGUGUAUCUUGUUGUUUCUUGUGGCGCAGGAACUGGUGCGUCAACCGGCUUUUGAACAUGGAAAAAAGGUUGAAUUUCGAUGAAUGAUGGUCAAUUUAUUUAAUUCUUUUACGUGUUGCUGUCCUUAUCAAAUGCUUUCUGGUAUUGUACUUGUUUGAUUGUGGCGAUUGCCAAACGGCCCCUCUUCACUAAUUAAGUCCCUCAGUCAAUCAGUGUCAGGUGAAAGGCGGCUAUAAAAGACACCAACGUGAUCCCUGACCAGUGUUAUUUUGUCUCAAAAAUCAGCACAAUGAAGUACUCACCUGUGCUCCUUCUCGUUUUUGCCCUGUACGCCCAGGCCAAUCCCACGACGUUCGUGAUCAAUGGCCAACAGGCAACGCCUGGAUCAGCCCCAUAUCACGCCCAUAUCCUGAUCAGACUCAAUGCCCAGGCUCAGGAGACCCGAGUCGGCAGUGGAGUCCUUAUCUCCAUGACCCAUGUCCUCACUACUGCCCAAAAUUGCCGAAACUUUGGUCACUGGAAUGUGGGUGUGGGAAAUGUAAACCGCCAGCAACUGCAGUGGUCAGCUACGACACAUUCUGUUGUUCAUCAGCAAUUUGAUCCCAAUACGCUGAACAACAACAUUUGCAUCAUCACCCUGACUCAGCCCUUCAAUCCCAGUGCCAACAUCCAGUCUAUCACUCUGCCUCAGGCCUCUGACACCCAGGUACCCUUCCCCAAUGAGGAGGGACGCUUCAAUGGAUUUGGCUUCACCGGACCAACUGGUCCAUUCGCCGAGACCCUCAUGAUGGGCUUCAAACGUGUUACCACUGACCAACAAUGCGCCCAGGCUUAUCCUCAUUUGGCCAACUUCCUCCAGAACAACUUCUGUGCCAUCGAUGGUGCUCAGAGCACCUUCUGUGCCGGUGACCAGGGAACUGGUCUCGUUGGUAUUGUUCGCUUCCAAACUGUCCUCGUUGGCUUGGCCUCCUUCACCAAUCAGAACUGUUUGGCCACCAAUCCUGGUGCUUUUGUGCGCGUUGCUAGCUACAGAAACUGGAUCCAGCAGAAUUCUGGUGUCUAAACACCCCCAAAAAUUCCCAUUGCCCUCCAAGCCCCUUUCCCACCUUCCCAUCCUUCCACCAAUUUCCCCAGCAAAUUGUACUGCAAGUACUGAACAUGGAAUAAAUGAAGAGGCAAUUUUUAGGUGUUUUGUAGUUGUUACAAGUAAAAGUCUUUCUUUAUUUUUCAUUAAAAUCCAGUUUAUUUUCAGAAGAAGCUAAACUUGAGAAAAAAAAUAAAACAGAAAAUUCAAAAUGAAUUAUUACCAUUUUCUUGUAAUGCUAAAUGAGAGCGCAGUUCAUCUUUUUACUUAUUUAAAAAAAAAAUUGGUGAAAUAAUAAAAAAUAGUCACAUAAA